AUCGAAUUGGACAGUAGAGGAGUGCUCAUGUUUAGUGUAAUCUCCGUCUCCUUUUAUAUCCAUGUAUUGAGUUAUCUUAGAAAGUAAAAAUCACUUGUAGAAUAGACUCGACAAUAGUCAUCAUAAUUUUAUUUCAAAAUUAUGGAGGUUCUUGAUCCAACAGUUUCGCAUGAUGACGCGCCAUUGUGUAUUAACGAUUCUAUCGAAAAAGCUUCUUUAAGACAAAUUCCUGAGGACACUAAAUCAUGUAUAAAAGCGAGACAUACUCUAGGAUUUCUAGGGUUUCUUGGGUUUGCUUUGGUCUAUGCUAUGAGAGUCAAUCUCUCUGUUGCAAUCGUUUCCAUGGUCAAUCGAACAGCAUUUCCAGAUGAUGAUAGCAAUGACACUAGUGAUGUUUGCCCCAAAGGACCUCAAAUCAAUGGAACUUUUAUUCCAAGCCCUGGAGAAUUUAAUUGGGACGAUACGACACAAGGAAUCAUAUUGGGGUCUUUUUUUCUCGGUUAUGUCAUUACAAACGUUCCAGGUGGCCGAAUGGCAGAAAAAGUUGGUGGAAAAUUAGUUUACGGUUUGGGAGUUUUUCUUACUGCUCUCUUAACUGUUAUAAGUCCAUUCGCUGCGUAUUGGGGACUUGUACCUUUCCUUAUUGUUAGAAUUGCUGAAGGAUUCACAGAAGGUGUUACUUUCCCAGCAAUGCACUCUAUGCUUGCUCAUUGGGUUCCUCCGUUAGAAAGAAGUAAAUUUGCUGCCCUAGUUUACGCAGGAUCUAACUUUGGAACAGUGAUUUCACUACCCCUCAGUGGAUGGCUCUGUUCUCUAACAUUGUGGGGUGGUUGGCCUUUAGCAUUUUAUCUGUUCGGAAGUUUGGGUAUUAUUUGGUAUAUUUUUUGGUAUUUCUUCAUUUAUGAUACACCUGCGGAUCAUCCGAGAAUCGAUUAUCAAGAGAGACUAUACAUUGAAGCAUGUGUUGAACCAAAAAACCAUGGUGAUGAUCGUGGAGUUCCCUGGUUAUCAAUUCUCAAAUCAGCUCCUAUGUGGGCUAUUACAAUAACUCAAUGUGGUCAAGCUUGGGCUUUUUACACCCUCUUGACUGAACUACCAACUUAUAUGAACAAAAUUUUGCAUUUUGAUGUUCAACAAGAUGCUGUUUUAUCAACUCUUCCUUAUUUAACUGCUUGGAUUAUGGGUCUAAUAAUUUCUAGCUUAGCUGAUUAUCUUUUACAAAAUCGUGUUAUGUCUAUCUUGACUUCAAUGAAAUUCUGGAAUACCGUGAGUUCAUUUGGAACCAGUCUCAGUUUUAUUGGUGCUAUUUGGGCGGCCUGUGAUCAUGUUUGGCUUAUGGUUAUGCUCGCUGGAGUUGGUUCACUUCAAGGAGCUAUUUACGCUGGAAAUCAGAUGAAUCAUAUCGCCCUCGCACCACGAUAUGCUGGCACAUUGUAUGGACUUAGUAAUGCUGCAGCCAAUGCGUGUGGAUUCUUAGCACCGUACGUCAUUGGACGACUCAUUGAAGGCCAUGAAACUCUAUCACGAUGGCAUACAGUAUUCUGGAUGGCAGCUGCUAUAAAUGUAGCUACAAAUUUCGUUUAUCUCAUAUUUGCAUCAGCCAAGGAACAGCCUUGGAGUCGAGGGAGCAGUUGAUGAUCAUGCUCAUUAAGGAGUUCGACAAAUCGUCGCUCAUCGAUUUCCACACCGAUUGAUAGAGUAGCUCUCAGUGCUUUCUAGUUAAUUUUUUAGAUGCGUAUUUUAAUUGUUUUUAUUUUUCAAAAGCUUUUUUGUAUUCACUUUAUUUAAGCAAAUAAUGCUUAAAUUUUACUCUAAUUCCGAGAGAAUUUACCAAAUUGAAAUAGAAUUUGUUUUUACUCUACAGUUUUAUGAUUAAUUUAUUAAUAAUUAUUAGUAAAUUAAUAAAUUAUUAUGAAUCUCAGUAUUUUGUUAGCAAGCAAGGCCAUGAGGAGGAAUUUGGUAAUUGUUAUUUUGAUGGAAUAGGUGAAUUAUGGGUGCUUACAAUCCAAUUUAUUUAAUUUCUCGAUUCGAAAGAAUUUUUAAAUAAAAAAGUUAAUAUUUUAACAUUUUUACUCAUAGCGAUGGUUAUAAUAUUAUUAUUGAAAACAUUUACUAUACAUAAAUAAUUGAUCAAUAAUAAUAGAGCUUUAUUGAUGUAGCUAAAAUUGUAACGCACUAUUGCAUCGUUAUGAAGGAAUCGUUAAAGAAAUUUUCAAUUCAAAUUAAUGAAAUACAUUUGAUCUUAAAAAUACAAUUAUCAAUUGAAGCAAAAAAAAAUAAAAUUUUUACUCUCUGAUGAAAUUAUUACUAAAAAGAUGAUUUUAUGAAUAGAUUUCAAGCAUUUUUUGAUAAAAAUAAGUUAAAAACGAUGUCGAUAUGUUUUUAAGCUUUAUUAUAUUUUAAGUAGUUAUUAGUAUAAAGUGAAUUUAUUUUAUUAACAAAUAUCGCACAAUAAAUAUAGAGAUUAUUUUCUAUGUUUUUUUUUUAGUUAUUUAACAAUAAAUAACACAAAAGACAUUUUUAAGCAAAAAAAUUAAUAUGAAAAAGACAGAAAAAUAUCGAUAAAAUUGUCGAUAGCGCAAGUCAACUCAGGAUUCAAACAGAACCAACUGUUGAGGUAUUUUAUGAAAAAUAUAUGUAGAGUAGUUUUCAAUAAUUAAUUACUAAGUUGAAAAUGUUAAAUGUUAAUGUUUAUACAAAUAUUAUGAAUAAAACGAUUGAAUGGGAUGUUUAUGAACGGUAUACAUUUUCAAUACAAGAUUAAAAACUAUUUGAUGUGUAGAAAAAUGAAAUGGACGCGAUUAUAUUAUGAAUUAUAAUCAGUUUAAGAAUAAAAAAAAAGAUUGAAUUCUUGCAAACAAUAGUGUGAUGAAUAAUAAUAAACAAGUACAAGCAGAAAAUUUAUAAUUAUGUAUUGGCGUAGACAUAUCUUCAAUUUUGAAUGUUAGUGACAUAAUCAUGAUAAUUGAUGUAUAAGAUAGAAAUUGUUAAGUAAAAACAAUUAUUCAAAAUUGUACUUAAAUAAAAAACAGUUAUUCAGUUAUGAAAAUUUAUUAUGAAAUUCUAAGAAUAUUUCAAUAUAAAAAUAUCUACUGGAUAAAUAAAUUAAUCUUUGAAGAAAUUAGUAAACCGUUGUAUGAUGGUAGAUUUAUAAAUACAUCAUCAGAUAAUACAGUAUUCAAAUAUAGAUUAAUGUAUCUUGUAAGUUAUAAAAAAUAGAUGAAUAAAUAAACUGUACCAGUGUUACCGUGAUCAUAAAAUAUAUUUGAAAAAAUAAAAAUGAAGCAUUAGUUACGAUAAUAAAAAUGAUAAACUUCUCAUGUUAUUUAUUACAUUAUUUCUAUUUUUUUUUAGUAUUUGAGCUGAUAGCAUACUAAAAAUGGGCAAUUA